AUGUUGAUUGAGGGGGGGGGUGGUGUCGCAAUGGCGGUGGAAGAGGCAGGAAAUGAACCAGACACAGAUGAACCAACCAGCAGAAGGGACAACACCUCACUGCAAUGCACAGUAACUACUGCCACAGCUGUAAGAGAAGCAGAAGAAGAUGUGACAAUAAGAGCAGUGCUUUCACAGCUUAUUAACACUGCUGUCUCUGCCUUCAACUGA